AUACUGGAUCUACAUCGCAUUAUUGCUGGCAACAUGGUUCCUAGAUUCAUCGAACAGAACAUUUUGGACCCACUCUAUCUUAUCUUCCGCACAAGGUACCGAGAACGCGGUUUUUCGUUUGAUGAAAAACUCUGGCCACAUGUCUGCACAGUGGAUCCUUCCUGUCCUCAUACUUCAAGGCACACAAGCGAUUCAAACCGCUUAUUCUUCUCCUUUGAUGAACACAUGGCUCUCCCAGUCGUUGUUGGCGCCCUAACAUUUUAUCCUUCAAUUCUACGAGAGAAGAAGGAUAAGGCUUUAUCGUAUGAGGGGUGUGAUAUUUGGUGGACUCUUGGAGGUGGGCCUUGCGAAAACUCUGGUCGUUCCUGGAUGCGACAACGUAUUGUAAUUGAUGCUUCUUUUCUUUCUUGA